ACCUAUUUAUAUUGUAUAAAAUAAUAUAAUAUUUGAUAUUCGUCAGUCCUCCCUACGUACGGCUAAAAAACGCGUAACUUUUUUGCCGAUCGUGUCCCCGUGCAUAAUUAAACACAUACCGUGACCCGCGAGUUGUUUGCGCGCCGUUCAAAUCUUUUGGUUAUUAAUUCAGACCAGCGAAAUGUCUGACGGCGAAGAGGUCGUUGUGAAAAAAAUCACGGUAACAGUAAAAACGCCCAAAGAGAAGCAAACCGUCGAAGUUCAGGAGAACGCUACUAUUAGCGAAUUUAAAGAAAUAGUUGCUAAACAGUUUAAUGCACAAACAGCACAAUUAUGCCUAAUAUUUGCUGGAAAAAUCAUGAAGGAUCAAGACACACUGGCUUCACAUAACAUCAAAGAUGGUUUGACAGUGCAUUUAGUUAUCAAAACUAAUGCACCACAAAACAAUGCGACAUCUAACACAUCAUCUACAAACGCGGGAUCUGCCCAAACUCAAAGACCUCCUGCUGAUAUAAAUGCGUCACCAUUUAAUUUGGGCAUGCUAGGUGGUUUGCCCGGCAUGGAAUCUUUGGGAUUCAGCUCUGCUAACUUUAUGGAAUUGCAGCAACGUAUGCAGCGUGAGCUACUUGAUAAUCCAGACAUGCUUAGAAACUUGGUUGACAGUCCAAUGGUACAACAAAUGAUGAGUGAUCCGGCUCAUAUGAGACAGUUAAUUAUGGCGAACCCUCAAAUGCAACAGCUUGUAGAGAGACACCCUGAAAUAAACCAUAUGCUAAAUAAUCCUGAAAUUUUGCGCCAAACAAUGGAAAUGGCCAGAAACCCGUCUAUGCUGCAAGAAUUAAUGCGUACACAAGACAGAGCUUUGUCAAAUUUAGAAUCGAUACCAGGCGGUUUCAGCGCACUUCAACGGAUGUACAGAGAUGUUCAGGAACCAUUUAUGAAUGCGGCAACUGAAGAAUUUAGCCGUAACACAUUUGCUGCCUCAAAUGAAAGUGGUGGAGAUCAAAAUCCUCAACAGGGACAAGAAAACAGAGAUCCUUUACCAAAUCCUUGGAGUGGAUCAACUGGAACUAAUCAGUCAGACUCCUCGCCAAAUGUAAGGUCUUCGCCAGCAACUGGGAAUAUUCCAACUCCGGGAUCUGCUGGUAGUUUAUUUGGCAACGACGCAAUGAAUUCGAUGAUGCAGCAAAUGAUUCAAAAUCCUCAAGUAAUGCAGAAUAUUAUGAAUACUCCAUAUUUCCAAUCUACAUUACAGGCUAUGUCAAGUAACCCCAGCAUCGCAAAUGAUAUGCUUAGUAACAAUCCAUUACUUGCAAAUAACCCAGAACUUCAGUCACAAUUUCGUAGUAUGAUGCCUGCAUUCUUACAGCAGAUGGGCAACCCUGCUGUUCAAGAAAUGGCCACCAAUCCAAAUGUUUUAUCAGCUCUUGAUCAAAUACAACGUGGUCUUGCGGCAUUACGUACAAAUAUGCCUAAUGUUGGUGGACCAUUAGGCGGCCAGUCCUUUUUUCCAACAACUAACACAAAUUCAACACCUAAUGCUGAUUCAACCAUACCUAAUGAUGCUGCCGCUGAUGGCCAAGAAAAUAAUUUUGCUGAACUCAUGAGAAGAAUGUUGUCCCAAAUUCCAAACAACAGCAAUCCAGUAGCUAAUGCUCAGCCGCCAGAAGAAAGGUACAGUUCACAGUUGGAGCAACUUUCAGCAAUGGGAUUCGUCAACCGAGAAGCAAACUUACAAGCAUUAAUCGCAACAUUUGGAGAUAUAAAUGCGGCUGUGGAACGACUCCUCAACAGCGGACAAUUAUCUACAUAACAUUCCCAAUAAAUUAUAUAUAUAAAACAACACAUAUUUCAGUUUUUAUGUAUUUAAAAGCAUACUAUAAAAUGUUUUUUUUAAAUUUAAUCCUAUGAAUUUAUGCAUUUCUAUUCUAUUUUGGUUCCAUAGUGCCAGGUUUGUAGACAAAAUCUUAAAUACAAAAUAAUUGUUUGUUUUUUUUCUAAAUAAUUAAACGGUUCAUUUAUUUAGCUUUCUAAAUACUCUUUACUCUAGUGUAUGUUUGACUAAAUUUAUACAAUUUGAUUUGUUACGCAUGGUAUUAUAAGGUUUGUAGAAAGUAACUGUUUUAUUAUUAUUAUUAUUUUGAUCACCCUGAUACUCUAUUUUAUUAUUAUUUUAAAUACCUAGAACUUUAUAGUGUAGUAAUAUGUUUGCUUUUAUGUUGCUCCAAAUUAAAAACAGUGU